CGACGUCCUUUUUCCCUUUUCCCCAAUCCGCUCCGGCUCCGCCUCUCUCCACCACCGCUUCCGUCGCCGUAGCCGCCUCCUCUGUUUUCCCACUCCUACCAGCUUCGACAAGCGCGCGCCAGCGCCAAGGCUAUCGUCUCCGCUGAUGCUUCUCCGCCCCGCCUCCUCCCCACCUCGCCCCCAUUUCCCCGCCGCCGCGGGCCGCACGAGGAGCGCCGCCCCCUUCUUCCUCGUGCUCAGCCGCCGCCAGCGACGGCGUCACCGCCCGUACACCCUCCUCCUCCGCGCCUCCCUCUCCGACGUCCUCGCCAGUCUCCCCGCCUCGCUCGCGCUCGUCGGCCCCGCGGCGGCUGCGGCAGCCGCGGCGGUCGUCUCCUCCUUCUCCUCCCCGUCCUCCUAUUUCCGGAGCAGCAUCCCGUCGUCGCCGUCUCCUUCCAACUCGGAUUAUGACGGGCGUGGGGACGCCUCCGGCGAGUGGAUCCUCUUCACCAGCCCGACGCCGUUCAACCGCAGCGUGCUGCUGCGGUGCCCGUCCGUGUCGUUCGAGGACGGCGGAGUGCUCCUCGACGGCGUCAACGAGCGGCUGCUCACCGAGGACCGGCACUACGUGAACCUAAGCCGUGGCCGCAUCCCCGCGGCGCGCGGCGGGGAAGGCGCCGGCCGUAUAUCCUAUCAGAGGAUUUGUAUACCCAUGGAGGAUGGCGGGGUGGUUGCGCUUGAUUGGCCAGAGAAUUUGGAUCUGGAUAAGGAGCAUGGGCUUGAUUCGACGGUGCUUAUCGUGCCUGGCACUCCCGAAGGGAGCAUGGAGAGGGGCAUCGAGAUGUUCGUGUUGGAUGCACUGAAGAAUGGCUACUUCCCCGUUGUGAUGAACCCCAGAGGGUGUGGCGGCUCGCCGCUCACUACACCAAGGUUAUUUACAGCAGCUGACAGUGAUGAUAUCUGCACAGCAGUACGCUUUAUAAACAGCAAAAGACCAUGGACGACAAUAAUGGGUGUUGGAUGGGGAUAUGGUGCCAAUAUGCUGACAAAGUACCUUGUGGAAGUUGGAGAGUCCACUCCUCUUACUGCUGCUGUUUGUAUCGACAAUCCUUUUGACCUAGAAGAAGCAACUAGAUCGUUUCCUCACAAUAUCGCUCUUGAUCAAAAGCUCAUGGCUGGCUUGGUCGAUAUUCUGCGUGCUAAUAAGGAACUCUUUCAAGGAAAAGAUAAAGACUUUGAUGUUCAAAAGGCUUUGUCAGCCAACUGUUUGCGGGACUUUGAUGGAGCAAUAUCCAUGAUUUCACAUGGGUUUGCUACUGUUGAUGACUUCUAUUCGGAAAAUAGCAUGAGGCUGUCAGUUGCCCGUGUGAAAAUACCUGUACUCUUUAUACAGAGUGAUGACGGCACUGUGCCACUUCUAUCAGUACCACGUAGUUCAAUAUCAGAAAAUCCUUUUACGAGCCUUCUCCUUUGUUCUUGUGUACAUUCCAGUGUCUUCACCUUCGAGAGAAACACUGUGUUAUGGUGCCAGAAUCUGACCUUAGAGUGGUUGUCAGCAGUGGAGUUUGCACUUCUGAAGGGUCGUCAUCCGCUUAUCAAAGACGUGGAUAUGACUAUUAACCCAUCUAAAGGUCUAGCAUUCGUUGAAUCUCAACCGAAUAAUAAUGUCCCAAAAGACAAUAAUUUCCAGGAGCAAUCUCAGUUUAUUUUCUAUAAUAAUGUUCCACAUGGGAUAAAUGGGCUGCUCACCGAUUCUGCAAAUGGGUAUUCUGGCGCCGAAGUACUAGAAAGUGGGCUGUUAGAAGAUAAUAGUGAUAUAGACAGGAUAAGGCAAGUUGCAGAUGAAGAGGAGUCAGGAGAGAGUUCUGAAGAUGUCGAAGAAGGUCAUGUACUACAAUCAGCAAGUCUUGUGAUGCAUAUGCUGGAUGCUACAAUGCCUGGUACUCUGGAUGAUGAUCAAAAGAAGAAGGUUAUGGUGGCAGUGGAGCAAGGUGAAUCUCUUGUGAAAGCUCUAGAAGAAGCUGUACCUGAGGAUGUGCGUGGAAAGCUUACAGCUUCUGUGACUGAAAUUUUACAAUCUAAACGAGAAAAUUUUAACUUAGAUGCCUUAAAGCGGCUUGGCUGGACAAGGUCAACCACCAAGAGAGUGGUCCAAGAAAAGGUCAAAGAGUCGGCUCAUGGAAGUGGACUUCAGGAUGUCAAAAUGCUUGAUCAGCACAGAGGUGUUACAUCCACUGAUGAGGGAGACCAGAAAGAUACUAAUUUGACCUCAAGCGAGAAUAACCCUGGAGAGGGUAUUGAUUUUUCGCAAGGAAAGUCUUGCCAAGCUUCUGGGCCUGUUGGAACUGGAAUCGAAAUGGCAAAUGAACAGACACAGCUCAACAAAUCAGAGAAAGAUAGCUCUGGAAUAAAUGAAAGCAGUGAAGAGCAGCACAUGAUCGAUCAGGGCAGUGAAACAGCUCCAAAGCAUGUUUCUGAUGAUCAACCAACAGUCAACUCAAAUGGGGCUCCUAGUGAGCGAGUGCAGUCAGCUGAUGUUACAGCAGAGCAGAAUCCACAGUCCUAUGUGAUAGAAAAAGAGGGUGAUGCAGUUAGUGCCAAUGUAGAUGAGGUUGAACAUGAUGUUAUUGACCAGAACAUGCAAGUGCCUAAAACAGAAGAAUCGAAACCUCCCACAGUUAAUGUGACACAGGCACUAGAUGCCUUAACUGGAUUUGAUGACUCAACACAAAUGGCUGUCAACAGUGUAUUUGGAGUUCUCGAAAAUAUGAUUGACCAGUUUGAAAAACAACAUGACGCUGAGAAUGGGGACACUUCUGAUGGAAUCACUGUUGAACCUUCUGUAGAUGAGACAGAGUCUGAUGUGCUGGUCGAUGUGGACACUGUGUCAAUUGGAAGGAACAAAAAUCAAUCAUCAUCUGAUGAACCAGAACAUAGCAUUUCUGUCGAAGCUUCCAUCAUGCCUGAAGAUCACACUUUUGGUGAGAGAAAAUCCAAUUUAAGCAUCAUUCCACCUUCUAAAGGAAAGAUGAGGAAUUCUCAAAGAAAUAUAUCUGGAAACCAUGUGGAUCGUGAUGUUACAAAGUGGCCGAGUGGCUCACCUGAUUAUUUAUUGGAUAUAGCUGCCAACCCUUACUUGAAGGUGCAGUACGCUUUGUACCUUCACGACGUUCUUUCUACACAACUGAAACUGCAAUCACCACAUUUGAAUUCGGCAACUGAACUUCUCCUUGAUCCACAAGAGGGUAAAUGGAAACUUGCAGAUCAAAUGCACAAUGUGCAUAACAACAUUUCUAAAUCUGACAAAAAUAGUGGCAUCGAGGAAGAGAUCAAACAUGCAGCUUCCUCCCAAGCUCCAUCUAGGACAGACAAUGUUAUUUUGCAACCCCACUCGGUUCUGGGAAAUUUUGCUGACACUAAAAGCAAGGUAAAUGAAAGGUUACCUGGUAGUGCUCUGAAACAGACACUCACGUACUUCAUUACUGAUGAAUUAUCAAAUGCCCUCAAAAUUGAAGUUGGUCGCAAACUAGGGAUAAAAAAUGCAGAGCAACUUCAAAGAAGUCUUGCACGUGAUGUCAAACGACUCGCUGCUCAAGUUUCUAGAAAUAUUGUGCUUCACAGUGAGUUAUACAUAGCAACAAGUGUGCAGAGGAAUCCAACAACUGUGAAAUUUGGUGUGAUUCAUGGAGAAAAUGUUGUUGAAGCUGUAUCAACGGCAGUUCAGCAAUCUCAUGAUCUGAGAGAUGUUCUUCCAGUGGGUGUCAUAGUUGGUGUAACUUUAGCGUCUCUGAGAAAUUACUUCCAUGUCGGUGUGUCUAAGCAUGAUAACCUUACAAAAGCUGCAGUCAAGUCAGGAAUUUUAAAUGAGGAUCUUAUUAUUCAGGAUACUGAUGAAGAAAAUAUGGAUAAUCCAUCCCCAAGAAAAGAAGCUAAUGUAGAUCCUUCCACCAAAAAAGAAGUAAAUAUAGAUUAUCAGUUUGAAGAAAAUGUUGAGCUCAAGCAGCAGGAGAUAACAAGGUCAGAGGGUAAAGGAAUGAUGGUUGGGGCUGUCACGGCUGCCCUGGGUGCUUCUGCCUUCGUAGCACAUCAUCAACAAAAGACGGCUGAAGAGCAUGGUAGCAUGUAUAGCACCUCAACAUACUCUCAGCAUAGUCUUGACGAAACUGGACAGGAAAAGAGCCAGAAUAACUUAAUGAGCAGUUUUGCUGAGAAAGCCAUGUCCAUUGCAGCCCCUGUUGUACCGACGAAAGGUGAUGGUGGGGUUGAUCAGGACAGGCUGGUUGCUGUUCUAGCUGAACUAGGACAAAGAGGGGGGAUUUUGAGAUUUGUGGGGAAAAUCGCUCUGCUCUGGGGAGGUAUUCGUGGUGCUAUGAGCCUGACUGACAGGCUCAUCUUGUUCUUACAUAUCAGGGAGCGCCCCUUAUUUCAGAGGAUCCUGGGAUUUUCCUUCAUGGUACUUGUUCUAUGGUCUCCAGUUGUGAUUCCUCUGUUGCCAACACUUGUUCAAAGUUGGACAAUAAACGCUUCAGCAGGAAUUGUUGGAGAUGCUUGCAUCGUUGGCCUAUAUGUAUCUAUAAUGAUACUUGUCCUGCUAUGGGGAAAAAGAAUACGUGGCUACGAGAAUCCAGUUGAGCAAUAUGGGAUGAAUCUUGCAUCUCCAUCAAGGCUGCAAGAAUUUUUUCAAGGUCUUGUCGGAGGUGUGGCUGUUGUUUGUUUGGUGCAUUCAAUAAGCAUUUUACUUGGCUUUGCAACUUUUCGAGCAGGGUCAUCUUCACUACUAGCUAGACCCUUUGAUCUUCUUAAAUCUUCAAGUAAUGUAUUGUUGCUAGCUCUUAGAGGGUUUAUGACAGCAACUAGCAUUGCUGUGGUGGAGGAAGUGGUUUUUAGAUCAUGGCUUCCAGAAGAAGUUGCUGUUGAUCUUGGUCACUACCAUGCCAUUCUGAUAUCGGGAGUUACUUUUUCUCUAAUUCACCGGUCUCUACCUUCAGUACCAGGUUUCUUGCUACUUUCGCUAGUGCUUUUUGGACUUAAACAAAGAACCCAAGGGAAUCUCGCUGCACCAAUUGGCCUGCGGUCCGGAAUAAUGACUGCUAGUUUUCUAAUACAAAGCAGUAGCAUUAUUACAUUCAAACCUGAGACUCCUUUCUGGAUGAUUAGUACCUACCAUCUGCAUCCUUUUGAUGGUGCUAUUGGAUUAAGUAUUUGUGCUUUACUUGCUAUCCUUUUCUUCCCUCAAAAACCUGUCCAGGACACUUUUGUGUCGUGAGAAUUAGGAGGAUGUAAAAGGCACCCUUGACGUGAGUUCCAACAAAGAUGUUGUCAUGUCUAUAAAAUCUAGGUAAGCACUGAAGGGUUGCUCUGGUGUGCCAUGUUAGAAGUGCAGCUCAAAUUGUUGAUGCAUUGCAAGUUGCUUGCUGCCAAAAAGAGCACCUGGUUUGCUCCUCGAUUACACUGAGGGGUGCUGCUAAUGGAUUUGGGGCUGUAACGGAUGUACAGACGGGAUUCAUGCCUGCCAAACUUUUAUACUCUAUUUUCUGGAUUUUGUAUGGAUGGAAUAGUAAUUGUCGUGGCAACAAGAUACACUCCAAACGGGAAUGAAAAUUUUCAUUUGUAAGUUGGGGCAAUAUAAACUAACCAAGAAGUUGGAUAUGCUCUUUGCAAAAGAAGAAGUUGGAUAUGCGUGGUAAAGAAACUAGCAGAUGUGGAUAUUGAAAUUAGUGCUUUGCCAUUUUGCUGUGCAUAAUGUUCCAUGCUGACUGAUUGACUUGUAGGUUUGGUCUGUAGAUUUCAUUAGUCUCCUUUUGACACCCCGUUUUGAAUUUUGGAACGCAAGCACGCGCAAGUUUUGAGGUAGCAAUUUUUGACAACUCAUACCACAUGUAGAAAACAGUUACAUAAAGAGUCAGCUCAUAUAUCCACCCACAGUUGUAUACUACUUCCUCGGUUCCUCCACUCAAUGAGAAGCUAGCGUCUACUCUGUAAUGUUGACUGGAAGUGUAAUGUCAGUAUGUCACCCCUAUUUGUAGAACAAUCUGUUGAUAUCUGCCAGGGAUAUAGUCUCAAUAAUUUCAUUUCUUUUUCUUGUGUUGUAUUGGCUCAGAAUUUAUCAAUCGAAGGAACUGUAACUCUUGUUUAGAGAUA